AUGGCCGCACCACCGGAGGGGAACGUCCGCUUCGGCGAGGGGAGGGCCGACGUGCUGGAGCCGCAGCCGCUGGAGGUCAUAGCGCCGGAGGUCAAGGCCAAGAAGCGCAACCCGGCGCCCGGAGUCCGGGUUGUUGGUCGCCGGAUCUACGAUCCAGAGAAUGGCAAGACCUGCCACCAGUGCCGCCAGAAGACAACGGACUUCGCAGCGGCGUGCAAGCAAGUCAAGAAGAAGGGUCCGUGCCCAAUCAAGUACUGCCGCAAGUGCCUCCUUAACAGGUACGGCGAGAGUGCCGAGGAGGCGGCCGGCAAGGAGGACUGGAUCUGCCCUAAGUGCAGGGGCAUCUGUAACUGCAGCUUCUGUAGAAAGAAGAAAGGCGAGAUACCAACUGGGAUAAUGGCCCACAUCGCCAAGGCUUCUGGGUGCACCUCUGUCCAUGAUCUCCUUGAAAAGGGGUCAGAUGUGGUGGCUGCUGCGCAAGCGAUACUCAGGGUGAAUGGUAGUGACAAGGGCACAAAGAGAUCCCAAGGGACAGAUGCUGCUGAUGAGGUGGCCCCUGAAAAGGAUGUAAAUAUAGGCAUUGAUCUCAAUACAGUUCCAGCAGAUGAAGGGGAUGAAAAUAUAGGUGUUGAUCUCAAUUCACUUCCUUCUAUUCAUAUCAAGAAUAGGCAGAAGCUCAAGCACAGGGCAAAGAAGGAUCCUGCUGAUGAAACGUCACAUGGUGGAGUCAAUAGUGAACCAUUGCAGAUGGAUGAGAACCCUGAUUCGCUCAAUAGUAACACUGUGCUACCCAGGGGUACCCCAGUCACAAACAUUGCAGGUGCACAACUUGACGAUGAGGAUGUUGGGGCUGCAAUUCAGUUUCUAGAAUUCUGCCGUGCAUUUACAGAGAUUUUUCAAAUAAAGAAAGGGCAACCAGAAAGAAUUCUUCAAGAUUUAGUUGGAGGCCGUGAACUUCGGUUGGUAUCCUCAGUUGUUGCUGGGUUUCACAUAAAUUUGUUAUCUGUCAUUCGAGAAGGAAGGGGGAAGAAGCCUCUGGCUUAUACAAGAGAUGGAGAUGCAUGGGUAAUUGAUGUUGGCAAAUAUAUAAGUGAAUCAGCAUUUAUAUCAAAAGGAUUUCCUCUCAACUAUAUCAAUCAGGGGAUAUCAGGAUAUAAAAACUUGAGCCCUUCUUGUAAGCUGCGUGUUCUGAAUUUUCUUUGUGAUGAGACCCUCUCUACUGACAAGCUGAGGAACUGGAUUGACAUGCAAAAUGACAUAGCUGCUGAACCAAUGAUUGCUGCUAGAGAAAAAGCUCGUGCUGCAAAAGAAAUGGAAAAGGAGCUAAAGGAAAGGCUAAAGGAUAACAUGGAUAAAACAAUGCUUUCACCAAAUGAAGAAGCAGCCUUUAGCAGUGAAGAAAAUAAGUAUCUUAUUUCCCAAAUAAAGGAGGCACAGGAAGUCAAGCGUGCAGCCAUAAAUGAUAUGGCAACUAUGGAGAAGCAAGGAGGUCUUUGGACCAAGCCUCUGAUGGUAGAGAAAGGAGUAGCAUAUUGGAAGCUAGAUGGUUACUGUGAUAACUCAGCAAUAUUGCUUCAAGAGUAUGGUGAUGAUGAAUUAAUGGCAAAUAAAGACAAGUGGUUUAUGUUUACUGAAGACGAAGAGAAAGUAAUUGAAGAACAUGUAGCCACAAGGAAAACAAGUUCUUGGAGCUCUGUUGAAAAGAAUUUUAUUUUUUCUGGACUUUAG